AUGUCUGUCAAGCGAAAGCUCAUCGUACAUAAAACUGGCACCAGCAACGAGGGGCAAUCUUACGGUCAUUUUCGUGACCCGUUCACAACACUCAAACCGUCUAUCUCUUUCGAUGCCCAGCUGUGCCGAGCCACCCAAGCCCAAUUUUCUAACUUCCUAACCAGUCUCCGAGCGAUCAACAAUCCAACAAGGGAACUUAUCAAGCGCCUUGACUUUGCCUUGCGCUCGGUCAAUCUGUAA